UAGUGCUAAUACCUCUGGAAGUGUACAAUCUACUGUCAAUCUCUGCUCCUCUUGUCCCAAUCUCAAAUGGCAGAUUGAAAAAUUACAAAGCCAAGUGCAAAGUUUGACAGUUGAAAGUAAUACCCUCAAAGGACAAAUUGAAAAUUUGCAAAACGAAGUACAAAAUUUAAUGAUUGAAAAUAAUACUCUUAAGCAACCCUGCUCCUCUUGUCCCAAUCUCAAAGUACAAAUUGAAAAUUUGCAAAACCAAGUACAAAAUUUAAUGGUUGAAAAUAAUACCCUUAAGCAACCCUGUUCCUCUUGUCCCAAUAUCAAAGGACAAAUUGAAAAUCUACAAGGCCAAGUGCAAAAUUUUGCGGCUGAAAAUAAUACACUUAGGCAACCCUGCUUUCAUUGUCCUGAGCUCAGAAGACAGAUUGAAAAUCUGCAGAGCCAAGUACAAGUGCAAAAUUUAAUAGCAGAAAAUAACCCUCCUAAUGAUAAUAUCAUAACAUU